AAAAUAAUUUAUGCAUCUUAUUCUAAAAUUCAAUAAAAGAAGAAAGGUUAUAAGCAAAUGGAUAUAAGUGGAAUAUAUCCUCCCAUUCCAACACCUUUCAAUGAAAAGGAGGAUAUUGACUAUGAAAAGUUGAAAGAGAAUGUUGAAAAAUGGAAUGAAAUCCCUUUUAAAGGGUAUGUUGUACAGGGUUCCAAUGGAGAGUUUGCGUACAUGGACUCAGACGAGAGGAUAGAUCUUGUGAAGAAGGUCAGGGAAUUUGCUCCUAAGGAGAAACUCAUCAUUGCUGGUGCUGCAUGUGAAGGUACAAAUCAGACCAUCAGCAUGGCACAAAAUAUGGCUUCUGUAGGAGCAGAUGCUGUCCUUGUUGCUACUCCUUGCUUUUAUAAAGCUGGAAUGACGAAGGAAGCCUUGGAAAGGCAUUACACCAAGGUUGCAGAUUCAUGUCCAGUGCCUGUGAUUUUGUACAGUGUCCCAGCAAAUACUGGUAUUGACCUGCCUGAGGAAGCCAUUGUUAAUUUAUCAAGACAUCCAAAUAUUAUUGGACUCAAAGACAGUGGAGGCAAUAUUACUAAAAUUGGUAGUGUCAUUCAUCGAACUUUAAAGGGAAGAUUUCAAGUUUUGGCUGGUUCGGCAUCCUUCCUCUAUGCAUCUCUCAGUUUAGGUGCUGUUGGUGGCGUGUGUGCGCUGGCUAAUGUCUUAGGCAAAGAAGUUUGUAAAUUGGCUGAACUUCACAGAACAGGUGACCACGAGAAGGCGAAAGAAAUGCAACAUAAACUUAUCCUGCCAAAUACUGCAGUUACCUCCAGACACGGGAUUGCUGGUCUCAAAACUGCUAUGGAGAUUUUUGGAUAUUACGGAGGUCCAACAAGGUCACCAUUACUGCCCUUAAAACAAGAACAGAUCGAAGAUGUCCGGCAAAUAUUCGAACCAUUUUUGUGAAAUAUUUUAUUGGACUGACGCUAAGGAAUACGGAAUGCUAUUUGGAAUUGAUCUAAUCCUAGUUUUAUACAAUGUUGCAAACAUAUUUUAUACACGUCCAGCGUGCUUGAGAAAGCUUCUUUAUUUCGGAAAACAUUCAUCACCUACCUUCAGACACACAUCUCCUAAAAACCUGCUAUCUGCAAGGAACAAUGUAGAUCUAUAUCACUAUAUGUGUCAUCAACCUUUUAAAAUAAAAAUUUGGCUUGCAAAA